CAGGAGUUAAGCGGCGCGCACGCUUCCAACCCGCAGGUGGCGCCGUCCCGCCUCGGUGCCCGACUCUGGGCACUCAGAAGUGCGGGACAGAAUCGCAGCGAGCGCGGAGCCAAGCUCAGCCCCGACUUGUUGAUCUCGCCCAAGCAGCCGCCACCGCUGCCGCGGGAGCAGAGGAGGAGGAGGUGGAUCGCGAGGCGCCGCCCGACCUCAGUCCUGCCGCCCGCGCGCCCAGCGCCCGCCCGCGCCCCUAGCCUCGGAGAGUGCACUCCGGCCCCGCAGCGCCUUGCAGCUUCGGCGCGUCGCCUGCCCGGCCGGCGUAGGCCGGGCCCAGCCCGGCCCCGGGUCCGCCGCUGCCCGCGGGCGGGGGCGCCCGGGCGACCGCGGCAAUGCGCGGUCCCUGGCCCUGGGAGGCGGCCACCCUGGGGCCGUCGGGAUGGAGGUGAGAAGACGGCCGUGACGCGCGCCCGCGCGGCCCCCUGCACCCCCAGCAGCCCAAAGCGCUCCCUGCCCCCCUCCCCCGCGGCGGCUGGCCUCGCCGUCCAGUGACAGCGGCCUGGGGGGGCAGGGGGGGCGGGGGCGGCCGGACCAGCGAUGCCGGCGGGCAUGACGAAGCAUGGCUCCCGCUCCACUAGCUCGCUGCCACCCGAGCCCAUGGAGAUCGUGCGCAGCAAGGCGUGCUCGAGGCGCGUCCGCCUCAACGUUGGUGGGCUGGCACACGAGGUGCUCUGGCGCACCCUGGACCGCCUGCCCCGCACGCGGCUGGGCAAGCUCCGCGACUGCAACACGCACGACUCGCUGCUGGAGGUGUGCGACGACUACAGCCUCGACGACAACGAGUACUUCUUCGAUCGCCAUCCGGGCGCCUUCACCUCCAUCCUCAACUUUUACCGCACCGGGCGGCUGCACAUGAUGGAGGAGAUGUGCGCACUCAGCUUCAGCCAAGAGCUGGACUACUGGGGCAUCGACGAAAUAUACCUGGAGUCCUGCUGCCAGGCCCGCUACCACCAGAAGAAGGAGCAGAUGAACGAGGAGCUCAAGCGCGAGGCAGAGACUCUCCGCGAGCGGGAGGGCGAGGAGUUCGAUAACACGUGCUGCGCGGAAAAGAGGAAGAAACUCUGGGACUUACUGGAGAAGCCCAAUUCCUCUGUGGCCGCCAAGAUCCUUGCCAUAAUUUCCAUCAUGUUCAUCGUCCUCUCCACCAUUGCCCUGUCUCUCAACACCCUGCCCGAGCUGCAGAGCCUUGAUGAGUUCGGCCAGACCACAGACAACCCCCAGCUGGCCCACGUGGAGGCCGUGUGCAUCGCAUGGUUCACCAUGGAGUAUCUAUUGAGGUUCCUCUCCUCCCCAAAAAAGUGGAAGUUCUUCAAGGGCCCACUCAACGCCAUUGACUUACUGGCCAUUCUGCCGUAUUACGUCACCAUCUUCCUCACUGAAUCCAACAAGAGCGUGCUGCAGUUCCAGAACGUCCGCCGCGUGGUCCAGAUCUUUCGGAUUAUGCGUAUUCUCCGCAUCCUUAAGUUGGCACGUCACUCCACUGGCCUCCAGUCCUUGGGCUUCACCCUGCGGAGGAGCUACAAUGAGCUGGGCUUGCUCAUCCUCUUCCUUGCCAUGGGCAUCAUGAUCUUCUCCAGCCUUGUCUUCUUUGCCGAGAAGGAUGAGGAUGACACCAAGUUCAAAAGCAUCCCGGCCUCUUUCUGGUGGGCCACCAUCACCAUGACGACUGUUGGGUAUGGAGACAUCUACCCCAAGACUCUCCUGGGGAAAAUUGUGGGGGGUCUCUGCUGCAUCGCAGGGGUCCUGGUGAUUGCUCUUCCCAUCCCCAUCAUUGUCAAUAACUUCUCCGAGUUUUACAAAGAGCAAAAGAGGCAGGAGAAAGCCAUCAAGCGGAGAGAGGCUCUGGAGAGAGCCAAGAGGAACGGCAGCAUCGUAUCCAUGAAUAUGAAGGAUGCAUUCCCCCGGAGCAUCGAGAUGAUGGACAUUGUGGUUGAGAAAAAUGGAGAGAAUGUGGGUCAGAAAGACAAAGUGCAAGAUAAUCACUUGUCUCCCAGCAAAUGGAAAUGGACCAAGAGGACACUGUCUGAAACCAGCUCAAGCAAAUCCUUUGAAACCAAGGAGCAGGGAUCCCCUGAGAAAGCCAGAUCAUCUUCUAGUCCUCAGCACCUGAACGUCCAGCAGUUGGAAGACAUGUACAACAAGAUGGCCAAGACCCAAUCUCAACCCAUUCUCAAUACUAAGGAGUCAGCCACCCAGAGCAAACCAAAGGAAGAACUUGAAAUGGAGAGCAUCCCCAGCCCCGUGGCCCCUCUGCCUACUCGUACAGAAGGGGUCAUUGACAUGCGAAGCAUGUCAAGCAUUGAUAGCUUCAUUAGCUGUGCCACAGACUUCCCUGAAGCCACCAGAUUCUCCCACAGCCCUUUGGCAUCGCUUCCCAGCAAAACUGGAGGUGGCAUGGCCCCAGAGGUUGGCUGGCGGGGAGCUCUGGGUGCCACUGGUGGUAGGUUUGUGGAGGCCAACUCCACCCCUGAUGCCAGCCAUCACUCCACUUUCUUCAUCGAGAGCCCCAAGAGUUCCAUGAAGACCACCAACCCCUUGAAGCUUCGAGCUCUUAAAGUCAACUUCAUGGAGGGCGAUCCCAGUCCAUUAGUCCCCAUUCUGGGGAUGUACCAUGACCCUCUUAGGAACCGGGGGGGUGCUGCAGCAGCUGUGGCGGGACUGGAGUGUGCCACCCUCUUGGACAGGCCUGUGCUGAGUCCAGAGUCCUCCAUCUACACCACAGCAAGUGCUCGGACACCCCCCCGGUCGCCAGAGAAACACACAGCAAUAGCAUUCAACUUCGAAGCAGGUAUCCACCAGUACAUUGAUGCGGACACAGAUGACGAAGGGCAAGUCCUCUACAGUGUGGACUCCAGCCCUCCCAAGAGCCUCCCUGGGAACACGAGUCCCAAGUUCAGUGUCGGGACGAGGUCAGAGAAGAACCACUUUGAAAGCUCCCCCUUACCCACCUCCCCUAAGUUCUUAAGGCAGAACUGUAUUUACUCUACAGAAGCAUUGACUGGAAAAGCUCCCAGUGGUCCGGAAAAGUGCAAACUUGAGAACCACAUCUCCCCGGACGUCCGCGUGUUGCCGGGGGGCGGAGCCCACGGAAGCUCACGGGAUCAGAGCAUCUGAACCACCCCCACACUGAGAAGAGACUUCUGGCAGGGUCCAAAGAGGGGUGCUGUUCAGCUUACCUGCCGCGGAGGUUUUCUGCAUGAACUCUGAAACAGAAAGGCUCUGCAAAACCCCCAGAAAGAAGAGAGACUCCAGAGGACGCUCCCUUAAAACCUUGAGAGCUGUUAACGGGUCCAUCAGAAGCAAAGCCGGCCAAGCCAUGGGGUAUGGCGCCUCCUUGUAACAACUCUACUGCCCUCUUUGGAAGAUGACAAGAACAGAACUCGCAGCCACCACUACCAUGUUCCAGACGCCACCGAGGCCACCUACUCCUCAUUCUGUUCUCAUGGCUCUCCAUCACAGCCUCCGAGGGCAACAUCUUCAUCCCUCCUGGCUUCUGCUGAAGAAGGAUGCUGGAACAGGUGGCCGGUGUUCGAAGAGUGGGUUGACCAUUUUGUUUUUGGGCAUUGCCUGGCCACCUCUAGGAACUUCUGUCCGUCACCUGCUGGAUGGAUCCCACUGUUAGAAGGCUACCGGGCAUGCUCAUGUCCUGGGGAAAGCUGCACCGUAAGCCAGGAUCCCAGCGCAAAACCCUUCCUCAAAUGUCUUCAUUGACUUCAGUAUUCCAUAGUACCUGAGAUUUUAUUUUGAGAUAUCAUCAGGGUGAGUUGCACCACUUGUACUCAAUUCUAAUUGCCCCCUGGCAAUCUGGAAAGGGUUCAGAAGGCGGGUGCUCAGGCAACAGUAUGAACUCUGAGCAUUGCUUUAGGGUGGAGAAGGAAAAUGCUUUCUGUACAUCGCUAGGGUAGACUCAAAAGAUAUGCAAGUGUCAAAUAUGCAAAAGAAUAGCUUCUUCAAAGUGACUGUAUGUUACUGAAGAACAGAAUAAAAUCUGUUUUGUUUUUUUUUUAAUCUGAAAAAACAAAAGGAAAAAAAAAAUCCCCAAUCGAAAUGCCCAGUUCAGACUUUUGAAUCCUUCCUGCUGAGGCAGGGAAAGUACUUACUAUAAUAGAAUUUCUUUUUUGUUUCCUGUGGUAUUUAAGUUUUAAGAAAAAAGUUAAAAUAAAAAGCACUUUAUGUUUUACAAAAAAAAAAUAGGUUUUACCAGGGACAGUGUCAACAUCUCGCACUUUAAAACGAGCAUGAUUUCCCGUGGGCCACUUCAUUGGGACUACAGCUGAGUUUUUGCUCCAGGCGUGUGUCUGGCCACGGUGGGUGAUACUGUGCUGGUAUUGCUGUCAAAGUCUGUGGGCUCCUUCCUUGUCCCCCUCAAGCUUCCCCUUAACCCUCUUGCAUCAGAAAAGGGUACUUGGCCCUUGUGUGGGGUCCUGUGCUCAAGUCAUGUGUAUAGGAAACACGAGCAUCUCAGAAGAAGGAUGUAGAUGGUUGGGCAUUGGGUGUUGUACUCUGUUCUCUUUCUUGUCCACCAGGUGUGGGUGUGUUUUCAGUGUCACUGUCUGUACUAACAGCUCAGCUCUCCUUUCUGCAGCCAUCAGUGCAGCCAGUACAGACAAAAGCAAUAAGUAUUUGUGUGCGUUGUGAGCAGUUCUGGUCGCUCUCUCUCGGUGUUGGUCUUCCUGUCGUAGUUUGAUGACCUGGCGUUGACCUGCCUGAUUUUAGCUCAACAGCGUGGUGGUGCUGGCCAUUCCCCAGUUCAGGAACACUGGGUGGAGCCACCGGUUAGCACGAUGCCAUGCUGUUGGCCCAUCUGUUAGUGAAAAUGACACGUUAUUGAUCUCCUUGUCUUCAGUACAAUGGGGCAAUGUCGUUCUCCUAACACAAUGUUGAUGGAUGGUGUCCCAAGUACAAUAGCGUAGCUCUGCCGAUCCUCAAUAUAGUGCCAGGCAUUCGUCUUCCUGAUGGAACAAAAUGUGGUUUGCCUGUCCUUCAUAGAAUCUGUUGUUGGUCUGCCUGUUAGUACAAUGGCACAAUCCACCUGUCAGUACACAAGCAUCACAGAAUCGUUCUGCCUGCCCUCUGCACAGUGGCAUGAGAUUGGGCCAACUGUCGCAGGUAUGAUGACACGAGGUCAUUCCACUGCCCUUGAAAAUGUUGUAUCCUCUGCUGCAUAUGCACCCAGUUCGUACUGCUUCUCAGCAUCUCCAAGGACUGUAGAUCCCUCCAAGAGGGCGCAGUCCUGUUUUCUGCUGCGUUAACACAGUGUCUUGACUCCGGAAGUACCAGAGUACUCUUGCAUCAAAUCCUAAGGGAUUUAAGGGGCAGGGAGUACGAGGUUAUCCUGGGCUGGUGGCUCACCGGAAAAAGGAAGCGCAGGGCCCCCCAGGUGCUUUGCUGAGCACACAGUACAGGCUGGGGGCCGGUGGAGGAGUGGCUGCAAGACCGUCUUCCCAGGGCCAUCUCUCGCGUCUCUUUGUUUCUGUCGCCAUUCACAUCUGCCAUCAGCACAAACGUGAAAAUUCAGGGAAAACAAACAAAUGCUUUUUGAUAAAAGUAAAUAGUUGUGAUUUCCGAUUCAGAUAUUUUUAGAGCUGAUGCUAUCUGUAAAAAUUAAUAAUAAUAAUAAUAAUAUAGUCUAUUUUACAUAUCAGGAAAGUGAACAUGUUUAAAUAUAGCCAUAUAUAGUGAGAAGGAACUUAUCACCCCUUCUUCAAAUCGAGGCAUUUCAUUUGCUGGUUGAAGCAGUCGAGAAGUGUACAGAUUAGAAAUGAUUUCUUUUUUCUUUUUUUUUUAAAAAAAAAACUAAUAACCAAUUGGUGCAACUCUCCUUGUAACCAAAGGCCCUAUCUGCCUUGCAUGGUCAUGCAGGACCUAUCCCUUUCCUUCCUCAUGUAUUUUGUCUGAACUUAAAGUAGCAUUUUAUUGAGUCACUUUUGAAGGAUGAAUUCAGAAGUAUCAUGAAGAACCUACCUGUUCAGGCUUAAUAGCCAGAGUCCUAUAGAGUUCUUAUAGAAACAGAAUAACUGAAACUCAGCAUAUACUAUGCUUAGAAAGUAUUGCAUUUUGUUUUGGGUUUUCCUUUUAUGUGUGGAUGUUAUCGUAGGAAUAUAGUUGUUACCCUGUGCCGAUUCAAAAUAGAGUAUUGUAAGGUUUCCCAGGCCCCCACCCGCCAAAAAGAAACAUGCCCAGAUUUUUUAAGAUGUGUACACCCUACUUGUACAUGUACUGUGUACGUGCACUGGGAAAUCUACCUAAGAGUCUCCACUGAGAAGCUAACCUUGAUAGACUGGUAUUGAUGGAGGAGAGAAAAGCAAUGGUUUGGAGGCAAAUACUGCUUUAACCUGGUGGUCCCACCCAUUCCUGAACCAAUGAAAGUGGGAGAAAAAACAAGAAAUGUUAUUUCAUCCCAAAGAAAUGAAUCUAGGGGCUGGAGGUAGAUGGAUGCCUGGCCCCUUCGGCACAUUCAGUAAAACUCAUCAAGAACCCCAGCAAACUUCCACCAUUAUCAAAAAGGGCUAGGGACCAGGUCCGGACACAGCUGAGUGUGUGUUUCAAGACAUAGGCUACAUGGGACAACAAAAACAAGGGACCAGGUAGCUGUGCACCCUGAUCACCCAGGGGGCCGUCGCCGACCAGCAGAGAGAGGUGAGCAAGCUCUGGAGGAGUCCAUUUACUCACCUUUUUAUCUUGGGGUAAAGAAAGCAACAGGACUUCCGUGCAGUAGAUUUCUCAGUGCCUUCUUUAGGAGUUUUAUCUUAAGCACACUCAAUGGGGAGAGAAAAAAGAGGAAAGAACAUUCAUUCCCAGAAAGCCCCUUUCUCUCAAGGCAUCGGGGAUCGAGAAGGAAGAAUGUGACGUUGGUGAAACAGCAAAAUCCUGAGGAGGCCAUUUCCUUUCAACCCACCUGGCUCACCCCUGAGAAUUGCUGGUGACACAGACUUUUUCAGACUGAUUACCCAACCUCUCCUCCACCGUGUCUUGGUAUCUGUAAGCCUCAUCCUUGCCCUUUCUCCUAAUAAGAUCCACAUUUCUAAUGAGAAAAAAAAAAAAACAGAACAGUAUUCUCUUCUGUAAAACUGUAAUGUAUUGUUGAUGUUUGUAACUAUUGUAUAUUUCUGUCUUGCUCCAAGUCUUGGCUGGAGUGUGUAGUCCAUGGGCACGGGGGGAAUUUAAAAUUUACCAGACAAGGGUCACUAAAGCCUGGUCUCUCUCUCUCUCCCUCUCUCCUUUCCUCAUUUCUCUGCCAACUAACUAGUCUCAAGUAACAUGACCCCAAGCCUCAGCCUCCAGUCAAGUAACUUUGAAUCCUCUGCGAGGGAGGCGAAAAGCCUCUAGCACAUGAUCCUUUGAGAAAGGACUUUUUCUACCACCAUGAAGUUGGCAGGACUUGAAAGAGUCCUCCCGUGACUCCCCCAGCAGGACAGUGGAGAACCUCCAGCCCUGAGCUGAAAUUUCCUCACCUCCCACUGCUUACAUGACAGCAUCCAAAUGCUUUUACUCAACCCCGGGCGACCCAAACCAGCGCUGGCUACAUCCAGAAAUAAGAGUUACCUCUGCGUUUUCUGUUGCCAUUUUUCUGGCUCUAGAAAUAUCUGAUGCGUGACUACAUCAUAGGAUGUCCACGCAUCUCAGAGUAGUCUAUUUUUCUGUUCAAAUAAAAUAUAUAUAUAAUAUAUAUAUGUAUUUUUAGCAAAUUUAUAAUUGGGCCAUUGAGUCUACUUUCUUCUUUUGUAAUACACAGUAACAUCUUGGGAGUUCUAUUGUUGGUCAUUAUUGCAGCUGAUGUCUUCUGGUCUCUUUCAUUUCCUCCCAUUGUUCCUUGGACUGUUUUUUUUUUCUUCUUCUUCUUUUUUAUUCUGAUUUUCUGGAGGUGGGGAAAGACUUUGGGGUUCUGACUGCCUCAUGCAGGCAUUUUCUAACACAAGGCCUAGAAUCUGUUGACCUGUUACUUUCCUCAUUCUGUCUGUUCUUGUUUAUUGUUCUCAAGAAUCCAGAGCACAGAUACAAGAGUGAGACCAGGGGGAGCAGGGCUACAGAUGGCCCUCAAAGUCGGGAUGGGAUGUGGGCAGGUUUAGCUCAUCCCCCACACCCUUCUGGGGUUUUAAAGGGACUGAGUUUUCUUCUUCCCAGAGAUCUUGGAGUCUAAAAUCUCAUGCAAGAAAGCCUCCCUCUGGCAUUUCUGAGAUUCAGAGGACACCGAAACCCCUUCUGGCUGGCCUGUCACUGCAUCCGGCGCCCUGCUGCUGUGACAUCGAUUGGAUCUGAAGAUCAGAGCACUUUCAGGUUCUCAAAACCCAGAGAAAAUCCUGGGCCUCAGAUAUCAUCCACUUUUAAUCAGUUCUGCAUUUCAACCCGCGUCCAACAGCCUCACCACCACCCUCGGCCAGACAAGCUUGCAGCCAAAUCCUGAGAAGGGACUGUCCCCAGAAUCUGCCAUCUCAUCUCCCCUUCCCUCUCCAGCUACCUGACUCCACAGAGCCAGAGAUUCAUGGCAAGGAUGGUAGUGUUUUUCCAGCUUCCACCUAUCAGGGAGUGUCUGGACUGUACGGAUAAUUCAUUCCACCAGGCGGUUUCCAGGCCUCGGAUAGGCUGGCAACAUCUCGUGAAGCAGCAUCUUCACCAGAAGAUAAUUCUCCAUCCAUCAGUUCGUGCGAGAAGAGAAAGAAAGCCCAGAUCAUCUCCAGCGGGCAUCUGUAGACUGUCAUAUCCCACCUGCCUUGCUGGGCAGGGCUCUGGCCUCUGCCCAGGUCAGAGAUUUGAGCCAAGUCAGGACCCCCUAGAUGGCAGUGAACCAUCGCCCACUGAGUCAUCAACCCCAAGGGGAAGCCAACAGAACAAUGAACGUAUCAUUCUGGUGUGUGUGUUCAUCGCUCAGACGUGCCCAACUCUUUGCAACCCAAAGAACUGUAGCCUGCCAGGCUACUCUGUCCAUGAGAUUCUCCAGGCAAGAUUACUGGAGUGGAUUGCCAUUCCUUCCACCAGAGGAUCUUCCUGACCCAGGGAUCGAACCCUGAUUCUUUACCAUUUGAACUACAUUCUGGGCUAAGGCUCUAAUCAGUUUUCCCACCUCCCCAAUUCCCAGUAAUCUGGUUUGAAACAAAGCCAAAUAAAAUAGACAAGAAUUAAAAAAAAAAAAAAAAACUUUUGCACAAGAACAACAACAAAACUGUCUCCCAGCAGUUUGCUAGGCUUGAUGGUCAGAAAAGCAAACACCCUUGCCUGUGGGUGUCUGUGGGUGGUUCAUCUAGGAAAACGUUGUGUCUCUGGGGUUUCCAUCCACUGCCCCUGAUAUUGUCUGAACCUGGAAUUUCUCCUGAACUCCCCCAAAUGCCAGCUUGAAGAAAUGGAUGUGGAAGGGAGUCUGUUCGUCGAGUAGCCCCUCAUCUUCACUGCUAACUCUUAACUCUCCACUCCUUCUUGAGAGGAUCCUGGAAAUAUCUAAAGGCUGGAGGGGGAUGGGAUGGAGUGGGACCAUUCACCUGAAGAAGGGACCACCUAACCACAGGAUGGCUCUGCAAGUUUCUCCUGUAUGAAAGGGACCUGGCAGUCAAUUUCAGCUCAGAUUAAGAAAGUCCUUCUACUAAGCAGGGCUGCCUCCCAAUGGAACUUGGUGCCAUGUCGGGUCAUGAGAUCUCUGACAUCACAGGUGUUUUAAAAGAGGCUAUUUGAUGUACGAAACGGAUGUUGCUGAGGGCACCUAGUACUGCAUACCAACUGCAUACCGGACUGAAUAUCCAGGGAAAGUCUGUCUCUACCACCCCUUCCCCACCCCCUUCCAGUGUAUGCCUGUAUGUGCACGUGUGUGUGUGUGUGUGUGUGGUCUGAACAUCUGAGCACAGGCUUAAGCCACGGGGGCAAAGGCAGAGGGCGCAGUUAGCAGAAGCUCAGAUUCUAGAGUGUGGCGCUUUCUGAGAGGGUAUCAGGGAGGGAAGUGGCAGCAGGACACCCCGAUCUUCUCUGCUCCCUGUCUUGGACGAUUGUUGUGGCACCGCUGGUUGCCUGUCCGUCCCCAGUGCCCUGACAGGGACCACACUGUGUUGGGAUGAGGCUCCUGCUCCCCUCCCACAGGCCAGCCACGGAGUGAACCCCCCUUCUCUGGCUGGCCUGCUCACGGUGCUUCAGCCUUCUGCCCAGGUCCUGCGCCCUCGUGGGCCUCAGGCUUUCUGUACAAGAGACACAGUUAACUUUUACCCAGUCGCCAGCUGCCUAAGGAACCGACUGGCCAGGCAAUGGCAAACAGCAUCAUCCCCAAAGGGCUUUUUUUUUUUCAACAAAUAAAACAAGAAAUCCCAUUCCAGACCCUUGAAAGUCCCCACCCAAUGAAGGAAGUCCAGAAGGGCCAAAAGAGAGAGACAGCUGCAAUCUAGUUUUACUACAAAACGAGGCUUUGGCUACGGCGGCCUGCAGGUGGAACGUCCACAUCCAAGGACAGCAUUUGACAAAAGAGGUUUUAAAUUUCCUCCUAAUUGUGGAUGGUGGGCCUGGAGGAGCAGGGACUUCGUCCUCAGGGUGACCCCACAUCCAGGAAGUCUCAGGUUGCUUCAUCAUAGGAUGAGACAGAGGUUUGGCUGGAUAGUCUGAGCAACUGCCUUCCUCCCAAACCAAAAUUCAACAAAAGCCCAGUUUCCAAGACCCCCCUUGAGGCCCUGUCCUGCAGAAGCAGUGCAAGUGGCUGGCUCCCAUGACAUGAGCGUUCUGGAAAAUGAAGAGAACUCCCAAUUCUCUCCCACUGGGAUGCCCUCCGGAGUCCUGCAUGGAUCGCCACCCACUUCCUGCCUCCCUAAGCUCAUCCAGGCUUGGAAAACAAGGAAAGAAGCAUGGGAGAAGAUGCCCACAGGAUCUGGACUUCUCAGUGUGGCUCAGGCCCCCUCGUCUUCACUAGGACUUUGGGGGUCUCUCUCCGAUGAGCGUGACAUCUGAGCUCAGAGUGCCUGGGGGUGGGGAUGAGGAAGACCAGCAGGGGUCGGGCUGUAUGGCCCCUUUGCUGUCCUGGCUUCAAUCCAAGGUCAAGGGACUCAGGGUUAGCCCCUAACAUAUGACUUUGGCACCCAACCUGUAGGUUUUGGUUUUGUUUUGUUUUGUUUUGUUUUUGAGUGAGUGAGUAAAUGUGAAAAUGAUUGACUUCCCAGUGAAUGAAUGAAUGAGUGAAUGGGUGAGUGGAGAGAGGAGUUCAUUCUGGGAAAGAGGAAGAAAUGGGGAACCCCUCCCACUGAAGCCUGUAACCCCCAGCAUUGCCAUCUGUUCUUUGACUCAACUGGGGGCCAAGAUGACAGUCAAAUUUUCGGCCCUGAGGGUCUUCUCGGAGCUACACUUCCAGGGGCCCAGUCUCUUUUCGGCUCUCCUGCCCUGCAUUUUCACCCUCAGACCCUACUUUAGCUCACCCUAGCCCAUAGCACAAGGUGGUUUUCCAGUAGGCUAAGCCAAGGGUCCGAGGUCACGGCUUCCCCUGGGCUGGGACUUGCUGGGGGCAGCAAUGUGGGAGCUGAUAUCUGGAAACUGGACUGCAUUCCCUGAGCCAUGGCAGUUGAGCUGGAAAGCAAGGCCAGCCUGUCCUCCAGUUUUCAGAGCCAAGGGUCUUCCUUUUUUUCUGAGCCCAGUGCCCCCCCAUGGUAGCAUGCUUCUUGAUCCUGCCAGCUAUGACCCUCUGUCUCUCCCAGGAACCACGGGGUGAGGUUGAGGCUUUUCUGCCAGCAAAGCCAUUCUGAUCGCCCCGCCCAUAACAGGGGCCAAGCCAAUCACAUUAGCCAUAAACGACCAAUGUCCUUAGCCACUCUUUUCUUGGAGUCACGUUCAUGGAUUCUGUUCAUCUCUGGUCAGUUGCUGUCUCUAGUCCUUCCUGUAAAGGUGAAAAACAAGCAUCACACACACACACACACACACACACACACACACGGAAACCAAACAACAAAAAACCCAGUGUCUUUUUAUGCAUGUGAUGAGAUGAAAUUUGUGACCUCCAGCUGCUGUCCUGUCUUGUAAAAUACGUCCAAAUGUUUAAGAAUUUCUAAGCAAAUGGUCCCUUAAUGAGUCUGCAGAAUUCAAUAAAAAGGUAUGGAGAAAA